AUGGCAGUCUCGGCAUUCCCUUCAAUGGAGGAAUCUCCUGAUCUCACCCUCCUCAACGUGGCACGACUCUUCACCCGACUGGAACACAACCUACUCUCCCCCGGUUCGGAGCUCCGCACCCUGCGCAAGUCUGAGCUCCAGCGUUUGCGAGUAUCCAAGAACGUCGACUAUGCCCGCACCCUACUAUCCCAACUAGAACGCUCCCUCCCACAAAUCAAACCACUCGACCGGCGAUACGAAGCGCAGGCUGAAAUUGCGCGAGAUCGACAGCUGCUCAAGCGUAUGCAAAGUGUCCUCGACGAGGAAGAGUCCCGUGCCGAAGAGGACGACGAUGUCGAGGACGAAGUCGACGAUGAAUGGAAGGAGUUAUUCUCGAAACCAAUGGCCGUUGAAUCGGCCGAGGCACCUAUCACCGAAGAAUCCAAAACUAUCGCGACGGAACCUACAACUACCCCAAUGCCACCAACUGCAUCAACACCAACACCAACACCCACGCCCAGCACAACAAUCCCACCAUCAACCCUCCGCAAUCGCAACACCCCCCAAACCAAAGCCCCUCCAUCUCCCCCCGCAAAAACAACCGGCUUCACCAAAGACACCACCUCAUCCUCCACAAAAGAAGAAGCCCUCUCAACCUCGCGCCUCGAACAAGAAGACCUAACAAGCUCCCUCCUCAGCCUAGCAAGCCAACUCAAAGCCUCAACGCAACUCUUCCAAUCGACACUCGAAAACGAAAAGUCCGUGCUAGACCGUGCAGUCUCGGGCAUUGACAAGACGAGUAGUACCAUGGAAGCUGCGGGGCAGCGGAUGGGAAUGUUGAGGCGGAUGACGGAGGGGAAGGGGUGGUGGGGGCGGAUGAUGCUUUAUGGGUGGAUUUUUGGGUUGUGGGUUGUUGCGGUGUUGAUUGUUUUUGUUGGGCCUAAGUUGAGGUUUUGA